AACGGCGGCUCCAUCCUCGCCAUCGCCGGCGCCGACUUCUGCGUCGUCGCCGGCGACACGCGCCAGAGCGAGGGCUACAACAUCCAGACGCGCUACAAGCCCAAGGUGCACCGCCUGUGAGUCGAGCACCGGAUGCCGUGUCUUGAGCGAGUGGCGUAGCAGGUGCAGCGGCGAAAGAUGCUGCAGCUCGGACGACGCGAGUAGUGCUCAGCCAGCCUGCUCACGCCUCCUCCACGCAGCACCGACCGCGCCACGCUGGCUUGCAACGGCUUCAGCGCCGAUGCCGAGGCGCUCGUGUCGCGACUGAAGCAGCGUCUCGAGCUGUACCGCCACGCGCACGGCUCCUCGAUGCCGCUGCACUCCAUCGCACGCCUCAUCAGCACGAUGCUGUACGGCAAGCGCUUCUUCCCCUACUACGUCUACAACAUCCUCGGCGGCGUCGACGAGCAGGGCCGCGGCGCCGUGUACAGCUUCGACCCCGUCGGCAGCUACGAGCGCGAGUUCUGCCGCGCUGCUGGUGCCGCACAGAGCCUGCUGCAGCCGUUCCUCGACAGCCAGAUCAUGUUCAAGAACCAGCUGCCCGUGGCCGCGCGGCCAAUCCCCGAGCCAGGGACCAUGACGGUGCCCGAGGUGCUGCGCAUCGUCACCGACUCGUUCACCUCGGCCACCGAGCGGCACAUUGAGGUGGGCGACGGGCUGGAGAUGUACAUUGUGCGCGUGCCCGGCUCGGCGGCCAGCGAGGUGCAGCUGCAGAGCGCCGUCGAGGCGACGGGCGGCGAGGACACGCAGACGCCGGGCGCUACGGUUGUCCUGCGACGAGAGCUCAAGAAGGACUGAGAGCGGGCGUGUGUAAUUCACGGUUGUGUUCGA